UCAAAAUUGGCAGCCCCUGACGACACUGAACUGUCUCAGCUAGCACCGGGCAUUGAGCUGGGACGCCAACAGCGCCGCUUGUGGGGCACGCGCCCCCCGAGAUGAAGUUUGGAAAAACCUUUGAGACGCAUCUGACCAUCGAGUGGCGGCAGCAGUACAUGCGCUAUUCGGAUCUGAAGACGAUGAUCAAGCAGGGCGUGGACGGCGCGCACACAUCGGACUCGUCGCAUGCCUACGCGGCGGAGGCCUACUACAAGGCCUUCGAGGAGGCCUUCUUCUCCGAGUGCCAGAACGAGCUGGAUCGCGUCAAUAACUUCUUCAUGGAGAAGCUGGCGGAGGCACGCCGGAAGCAUGCCACACUCAAGCUCCAGCUGCUGGCCUCUGCCCGGGUGCCGGGCCAUACGGCCAGUGGCAUGUCGCUGAUCUCGCAGCGAACGGAACAGGCACGCCCGGGUCCGGUCAACACCUUCGGCAGCCGUAAGCUGAUGUCCCAGCGGCAGCUGCGCACGGCCUACAGCGAGUUCUAUCUGAGCCUCGUGCUGAUCCAGAAUUUUCAGUCGCUCAACGAGACGGGCUUCCGCAAGAUAUGCAAGAAGUACGACAAGAAUCUGAGAUCCUCCUCGGGUGCGGCCUGGUUCGAGCGCCACGUGGCGCAGGCGCCCUUCACCGAUCAGCGAUCGCUGCAGCGCAUGGUCCUGGAGGUGGAGGAUCUGUACACGUUCUAUCUGGCAGGUGGGGAUCGAUCCCGAGCCAUGAACAAGUUGCGAGUGCCACCCCUGGGUCAGCCCACGCCUGCGCAGAUGGUCUUCCGGGCGGGCCUAGCCCUCGGCAUGUUUCUGAUGCUCUUCCUGGCGACUGCGAUCAGCUACUGGAGGCGACCGCCGUUGCAGGCCAACAUUUUGGCAUUUAUGAGCCUCUACCGCGGACCCUUCACCUGGGUCAUCUUCAACUUCUUUAUGGCCGCCAAUGUGACCGGCUGGCAGCGCUCGGGCGUCAACCAUGUGCUGAUCUUCGAGAUAGAUCCGCGCAGUCACCUGCAGCCGGCCACGUUCCUGGAGAUUGCCUGCACCUUCGGCAUCCUGUGGACACUCUCGAUGCUGGGCUUCCUCUACCACAGCCCGUUGAACGUGCAGGAUCCGUUUGUCUUUCCACUGGCGCUGAUCCUCAUCAUGCUGCUGCUGCUGGUCAUCCCCCUGCCGAUCAUGAACUGGCCAGCGCGCUGGUGGACAAUGCGGCUGCUGGGACGCGUGAUGACCGCGCCGCUGCACUACGUGGGCUUUGCGGACUUCUGGAUGGGCGAUCAGCUCAACUCGCUGGUCACCUGCCUGCUGGACCACUACUACAUUGUGCGCUUCUACGCCACCUCCUGGCUGCGGGCGGGCGAGGUGCCGCCAUACCUCACCACGGAUGUCCUGGUGCCGAUCAUGUGCUGCCUGCCCGCCUGGUUCCGCCUCGCGCAAUGCCUGCGACGUUUCCGCGACAGUGGGUCCAAGUCCAUCACGUAUCUGCUCAACUCCGGCAAGUACUCGACGACCUUCUUCGUGGUGCUCUUCUCCACGCUGCGAGUUCGCACGGAUGGUGGCUAUGCGCACACCUUCGCCAAUCCGUACACGUGGCUGCUGCUGGCCGCCUCCGUUGUGUCCACCGUGUACUGCUAUCUGUGGGACGUGAUCAAGGACUUUGGCCUGUUCCGCAUCCGCAGGGGGGAGCACAUCUUUCUGCGCGAGAAGCUCGUCUAUCCGCAGUCCUUCUACUACUUUGUCAUCGUCGAGAAUCUGCUGCUGCGCUGGUUCUGGGUGCUCGAGUUUGCCUUCCAGCAUCGCAAACUCAUGACGCCCUACAAUGCCAGAACUCUGGCCAGUCUCCUGGAGAUCACGCGCAGGCGCUUCAUCUGGAACUAUGUUCGCUUGGAGAACGAGCAUCUGUACAAUUGCGGCAAGUUUCGGGCCACGCGGGACAUCCAUUUGGCGGCGCUCAAUCCGCGACAGGAGCGCAUGCUCGAGGACAUGAUGGACGAGUCGGAUGGGGUCUCGAAUCGCAGGCACAGGCCGGACGAGCGCACUCGACUCGGCAAGGAGUACUUCUAGAGCGGCGAGAGUGCCCCUUACAUAUGUGGCAGCUGCCACACUGAUCUUGCCACGCGCUGUCACUGCUUCUUCCUCUCUCUCUCUCUCUCUCUCUCUCCUGCUGGAGUUCCAGCUGUGUCCGUUAAUGCUAAUGGCCCCUUCGCAUCUCCGUCAUCAUCUUUAAUUAAUUCGUUUGUGCAAAAAUAAGCAAGGAAAAAGAAAGCGAGAGGGGGAGAGGCAGAGCAGAGGCAGAGGCAGAGGCAGAGAGCGAGGGGAAUGUAAGAGGGAGUAAGCGGAUCGGUUCGUAUCGGAUCGGAACCGAGUUGGGCACGCGCCAAACCGGUCCACCAGCUGCACCCAAAAGCAGCCUCGAUCUGCUGCCGUCCUCUCCUCCACCGCCCGAGUAUCUCUCUCUCUAUCUCCUGGUCAAGUCGCAAUUGUCAUUGCAUGGAGAAGGGGC